CCUGAUUUCUGUCUUGGACAACAGAACAACCCACAGGGGGUGCCUCAACAUGAAGCUGGUGUUUCUAUUCUUGUUGGUCACCAUCCCCAUUUGCUGCUAUGCCAGUGGUUCUGGCUGCAGUAUUCUAGAUGAAGUUAUUAGAGGUACAAUUAACUCAACUGUGACUUUAAAUGACUAUAUGAAAUUAGUUAAGCCAUAUGUACAUGAUCGUUUUACUGCAAAGGCUGUGAAGCAAUUCAAGCAGUGUUUUCUAGAUCAGACCGACAAGACUCUGGAAAAUGUUGGCGUGAUGAUGGAUGCAAUAUUUAACAGUCAAAGCUGUCAACAGUCAUCCUAAACGUCUACAAGAUCUUUGGCUCACAGGACUCCAGAAAACUGGCAAUGGCAAGCAACUGAUAGCACAGAUCAUAACUCUUCUUUCUUGACCCUUUUUUCUACCUAUAAAGUGCAAGACAAUUGUUGAAACCUCACAUUUAUGUCUUUCCAUUUUAUUAAAUCAUCUGCAUACAA